UGAUAUGGGACCAGUCCUCUUCAGGAUUGUGAGCCUCCUCUCAGAGUUAAUGAGUUAUCAGAUUGAUAUGGGACUAGACCAGUCAUCUUCAGGAUUGUGAGCCUCCUCUCUGAGAGUUAUAAUGAGUUAUCAUCAGGGGGCUGAGGGUGGUGACAUCCUUAAAGAAAGACAGAAGGAUGGGUCAACAAACAAGGAUCUUGAUGAGACCAUGGACCCUGAUAUGAACCCUGAUAUGAGGAAUAUGAAGUAUCUACAGCUACGUACCGCUAGUCAUAUGUCUAUGAAUGACCAGAGAAACCAGUCAGUGAAUUCAAGCAGCAUAGACCCAAGUGAUGAUGGAGACCAAACCAGGAAUGAAAGCAUCGGGUCAGAAGAAGUGCUCUGUGAUGUCUGUGAGGUCAAAGCUGUGAUGUCCUGUCUGACCUGCAACCUGUACUACUGUGAGACCCACGUUAAGAAGCACUACACAGUACCUAAACUACUGGGACACACCCUGGUGGAUGUGACUGGAGACCAGGAGGAGAGACUCUGUCAGGAACACGACAGAGCUCUGGAGGUGUUCUGCAGGACAGACCAGAAGAUGAUCUGUAGUCUGUGUUCUGUGACAACACACAACGGACAUGAUAUAGGACAUAAGGAGAUACAACAAGAUGGAAGACAGACUCAAGGUGAAGAGCAACAUCAACCUGGUUUUAAAUGAAGGGCUUCCCCCUCCUGGUGAGAUCCAGUUCCUUUCAGUGACGUCGGACUCCGUGUCUCUGAGCUGGGGUUCUCUUGAGGAACGGACGGGGCCACAGAAGUUCAGAGUGACUUGGAAGUGCGACAGGGAAGUGAGCAGUCUAAGAGUUAAAGGCGUGCUUAAUGUUAAAAUAAAUGGCCUCGAACCUGGUAGAAGAUAUGAGUUCAAUGUGGCUACAGAGGGAGACAAUGGCAACCAAAGCAGAAGGGUCUCAGCAUCUGUAUCGACAGAGGUCCCGACACCUAGAGACUUAACGAUAGUCCAGUCUGGAGCAACUGCUUUCACUCUAAAAUGGAACAAGGCUCUUAGACUGGACCAAACCCCUCAGAGCUUCCUCGUGUCCUACAGCAGCCCAGGAACAGAGACUAAAGCAGCAAAUACUACAGACUGCUACAUAAUAUUGUGUAAUCUUCAACUGGAGACUCAGUACAUUAUCAGUGUCUCAACUGUUCUAAAGAAUGGGGAACAAAGUGAACCUGUUUCUACAACCAUCUGCACAAAACUUCCAGACCCAGUUGGGCUGAAGGUGGACUCAGUAACCAUCUCAUCAGCCAAUGUGAGCUGGAGCCAGCCUCAUGGAAUGGACCAAACCCAACACCGAUACCUGAUAUCUUACCAGGGCACAGAGAAGGAGCGAUGGAUUUCUACUCGAUAUCAUAGUAUUGUUCUCUCUGACCUCCAACCUGCCACUGAGUACUCAGUCACUGUCUGCACUGAGUUGGAAAAUGGGGAACAAAGUCAACUUGUGUCAACAACCUUCACCACAAGAGUCCCAUCACCUGAAGACUUGAUGGUAGUCCAGUUGCAACCUAUUUCACUCUCUGUCAAGUGGACAAAGGCUCCUGGACUGGACCAAACUCCUCAGCGUUUCCUCGUAUCCUACAGCAGCCCAGGAACAGAGCACCGGACAGCACAUACUGAAGACUGCCAUACGACACUCUCUGACCUGCAACCUGGUACUGAGUACACUAUCAGUGUCUCAACUGUGCUGAACAAUGGGGAAGAGAGUGAACUUGUUUCUAAAACCAUCUGCACAAUUCUCCCAGCUCCAGACCAGCUGACUGUUGACUCAGUGGAAUCCACAUCAGCUGCUGUUAGCUGGAACCAGCCACCAGGAUUGGACCAAACCCAACAUCAUUACCAGAUCUCCUACCGCUGUCCAGGGAUAAAACCACACAUCACUACCACAUCUUCACCCAGCAUCACUCUCUGUGACCUGAAACCUGCUACUGAAUACUCAGUCACUGUCUGCACUGUGCUGGAAAAUGGGGAACAAAGUCCAGCCAUGUCAACAACCUUCACCACAAAGGUCCAAGCACCAGGUGACUUGAAGGUAGACCAGCUGAAACCUACCUCCCUCACCAUUAGUUGGAGUAAGGCUCACGGAAUGGAGAAAACCCCACAUCACUUCAUCAUCAGGGUAGCCAGAAGCCUAGAAGGAUCCAAAAUCCAAACCCAAAUAGCCGAGCCCCAAGAAGAGUACCUUGAAUACUGCCACAGAAAAUGUUCUGACCUGCAACCUGGUACUGAAUACACUGUCAGUGUCUCAACUAUGCUGGCCAAUGGGGAACAGAGUGAACCAGUCUCUACAACCAUCUGUACAAAGCUCAGUCUGGAAAUGUAUAUGCAGAAAGUUGGACUGAAACAGUAUUUCACACAGAAACUGUCGUUGAAUACCAUGCUAGCAGUCGAUGGCCAGAUGUUGGAGGACAACCAUGCUCCAACUCUACAGUCCCUACCAAUGUGUUUUCUGAAAGAACUGAUGAGGGUGAAUGUGUCAGCAAGGGAUGUGCAGUCUGAUGAUAAAGAUCUUAUGAACCCUCUAGACCUCAUAACAGCCCUGUUUCUGUGUUCAGAGAGUUUCCUGCAGCAGGAUAUUGCCCUGAAAAUGUCCAUGUGUCAGUUUGCUGUUCCUCUUCUGCUGCCAAACUGUGACACAGAACAAAGCACUUUGAUGCUGUGGGCCAUGAGGGACAUAGUGAACAAGUACAGGCCUCAUUCAAUGAAAGACCAGAAAGGGUAUGUUGAGAAAAGUAUUGUGCUCACUGACCUCCCUAUGGUGUCAUUUGUUAGACUGGGAAACAGCACAUUAUCGAAGUCUCAGCUUCUGAAUGAUGUUCUAAGCUGUUCUCAGCAGAAUUACAACACCUUUGUUCACAGUAACAUGCCAGCUGGCAACAUUCCAAGAACUAUUUCUGAUGGGUUAGUGGAAAUCAGCUGGUACCUGCCCAGUGGCAACCCAAACAUUGACGUCUUCACCGAACCUGUGGCUGUAGCUAAUCUUCGUGGUGAUAUCCAGGAUUUUCAGACCCAGUUCUCUUUCCUCUGCGAGACGUCAGCAGCAGUGUUUGUGUUCUGUGAUGAUUUGGGCUCUGACAGCAGUAUUCUGAACCUCCAGAAGAUGAAAGAUCGACUGUUCAUUGUCUGCAACUCUGAGGCUAAGAGCUAUGAUGCAGCAACAUUUGAGAAACACUCUGGUGGUAUAAUAAGGAAAGACAGGCAAAUGAACAACGCACAGCUUGUGAAGAAGCUCCGGUCUACAGUCACAGACGUCAUGAAGGCAAACCCACACAAAACUAAAGUGGAGGAAAUGCGUGUUGUUGCGCAUGAGUUGGGUAUCCCUGUGGAUGAAGAUGAUGAAAUCUGUCUGAAAGCCAAGAAAAAUGCAGCUUUAAUUACAGAUCAAAUCUCUUGCAUACCAAGCUAUAAGGACAGCCAGCUACCGUUACAGGGAGAGACAUGGAAAAGUCUGACUGCACUGGAGAAAGAGGAGGUGAAACUGAAAAAAGCAGGUGAUAAGGACAUUGAAAUUUACAAGAGUGAACUCAAGCAAGAGAAAUAUGAACUCAGGAAGAAGCAGCUGUCUCAUGGCAUUAGUGACAGUAUGAAACAUUUUAUGGAAGGUUUGAGGACUUCCAAAGAAGAGCGCUCCUAUUUCCUAAAGUGGAUGAAGCUCAAUCUGGACAACCUAUCAAGGACACGUCUGUCCGCUCUCAGAGAAAAAUAUAAAGAGCUGUGUCAAAGUACCCCAGGCAAGAAAGACCUCAUUGCCGAUUUAGACAAACAGAUCUCAAACAGUUCCUUAGGAACCGAACAUUUUUUAAGAGAAGUUGGACAGAUGUACGAGGCAACCAUGUCCUCUGAAAGCAGUGAGACUCCACAGCAAUUUCAAGGACUGCCAGGAAUCUGUGCCCAGUUAAUGUUGGAUGGGUUUCCACUGGAGUUGAUGGAUGGUGAUGCAUCAAACAUCCCAAUGAAGUGGAUAUCAGAUGUUCUGCAGGAGCUCCACUUUUUGACUAUGUCAAACAGUAAGAUCCGGGUGGUUUCUGUUUUAGGGGUCCAAAGCUCUGGAAAGUCCACGCUUCUUAACACCAUGUUUGGAGUCCAGUUUUCCGUCAGCAGUGGAAGAUGCACCAGAGGGGCCUUCAUGCAGCUUAUCAAAAUCAAAGAGGAAUUACGGGAUGAACUAAAAUGUGACUUCAUCAUGGUCAUUGACACAGUGGGGCUAAAGGGACUUCAAUCUACCCACCUUACUGACAAUUAUCAGCAUGAUAAUGAACUAGCCACACUUUUGGUAGGACUGAGUGACAUCUCUAUUGUGAAUAUUGCUAUGGAGAACACCACAGAUAUGAAAGACACCCUGCAGAUUGUAGCCCAUGCCUUCCUCAGGAUGAAAGAAGUAGGGAAAAAGCCCAGUUGUCAGUUUGUGCACCAGAAUGUUGCAGAUAUAUCUGCUCAUGACAAAAACCUCAGGGACAGGAAUUGUUUUCUUGAGCAGCUGAAUGAGAUGACAGCUGUUGCAAGCAGGUUGGAAAAUGCAGGGGAUGACACUAAAUUCACUGACAUCAUAGACUACAAACCCGAGGACAACUGUUACAUCCCAGGUCUCUGGCAUGGCAGUCCACCUAUGGCGCCUGUCGAUAAAGGUUACAGUGAAGCUGUAGCCAAUUUCAAAAGGAUGUUAAUUUAUUCAUUAAAAAAGGAGACCCCUUCAGCGCAAACCAUCCCUGAAUUCCUUGAGUGGAUCAGAAGUUUAUGGGAGUCUGUAAAGUAUGAGAAUUUCAUCUUUAGUUUUCGUAACAGUAUUGUGGCUGAGGCAUAUACCAAGCUGUGUGUGGAGUUUAAUAGAUGGGACUGGGCUUUCCAAAAACAUAUGCACAGCUGGCUGAUGAAAGCGGAACGCAGAAUUGCAAACUAUGGCUUAAUUACGUCUCAACAGGAGUCUGGCCUGGAUGACCUCUUAAGUAGUCUGAAAACUGAGGCCAGCAAUGAGCUACAAAGAGAAGGAAAAACAUUUAUUGACAAUAUGACUUCCUAUUACAAAGGAGAAGAGAGGAAUGUGUGUCUUGUGGAGAAGUAUAAGGAAGAAUUUAGUAUUAAUGCAGAGAUUUGCAGGAGAGAGACAGACAGAGCUGUAAAUAACAAACUAGAAGCUGCAGUGGACCUAAAAAAAGGCACCUACCAGUUAGGCAACAUUAAGAAAAACAACAGGGAUACUCUUGCCAAGAAAGUAUCUGACCUUGUUAAGGAAUUUAGUGGAGAUGAAAAUCCAAUGAAUGACAAACAACUGGAGAAAGAAUUUGAUAAUAUGUGGGACAAAACAAUAAAGGAGCUCACAUUCAAAGGUCUAAAGCCUCAAAAUGUUUCACAAGAUAUCUACAGUGACCUUGAGAAACACUUGGGAACGCAAAGUAGGGCGGUCAAAGAUAUUUUGGAUAAUUCAAAAUACCUGAAGGAUUGUGGACUUGAGAAAUUUAAAGUAAAAAAUGAACACAGCAUAGUGUACAAGAUAUUGAACAAGAUUGAGUCAAAAGAGAGUUAUAUAAAAAUGAAGUGUGAAAUUCAAGACAUGGCCGAUAACAUCAUUAACCAGAGUGAGAGGUUUGUUGCGAACAAGGUCAAAGAAAAAACAGACUACAAUAACACUUACAUCCAGGCACUAUUAGAAUUGAUUAAGAAGAACCUUCACAUGAACAAAGAAUUGCAAAUCAGUGCUGAAUUUGAAGCAUCUCUUAAGAUACACAUCUGUGGGAAUGCAACAAGAGAGUUCCAGAAAAUGCAUGAUGCUUUCAUCAAAGACAAUGAUCCCAGACAAAGCCUGACGAACCUAAAACAACAGUUCUUGGCUGACUUCAAGGACCUAUUCUACAAGAGAGACCAUUGUAAAAGGAAGGCUGAAGAGUUCACCAAACACUGCCUGGAACCUGCAGUAAAGGAGUACAUCACCAAAUCCCUUGGACCAGACAUUUUGGAUGAAAUUCUUUCAAACUGUAGUGAUGUUUUCAGCACAAGGAGUUCUUUCCAGUGUUCCAUGCUAAAAUGCUUACUAUCUGGAAAUUUCCAGACAUUCGUGAAGUACACAGACUACUAUGAGGGAUUUGUAUUUGAGUUCAUUUUGAAUAAUACAGUUGAAUACCUUUCAAAGAGAAGCAGGACAGCAAAGGACAUCAGCAUCAUUACAAACAUGGAGGUCCAACACUUGAAGACAAUCAGUAGACAGAUAAAAGAAGCUGUUGAAAAAUCACUCCAAACUGACUCUGACAGACCAGAUGAAGAUGGUGAGGGUGAUGUCAAUUUUAAUCUGUUUAUUCAGGAUUUACACUCAGAAUUGUCUAGCAUGCUGGUUAUUCCUACUGAUACAACAGGGAUGACUUUAGAGAAUUCCAAGACCAAAGAGUUUUCUGACAUGCUAUUAUCAUCUGUUGAAGAGAUGGAGAGCCGUCUCCGUGAUGAAUUUCACAAAGAUCAAGAUAUAUUCAAGAAGUUGGACAGUCUACCUGACCCUCCUCAGGAAAAGCUUUUUAAUAAAUUGUUUGGUUGUGGGAGACAGUGUCCAUUCUGCAAAGCUCCCUGUGAUGUAGAGGGGGAGAGCCAUAUAAAGCACUCAGCUUUGAUUCACCGACCUAAAGGACUUGGAUGGUGUGAAAAAAGGGGAAAACUUACUACAGAGAUAUGCUCACAAUCUGUUUUUUCCAAAUGGAUAAAUGCAUUGAAGUGUUUUCUUUUUCAUGUUGAGAUGACCUGGAUCUUCCAGUCAGGCAAUUCCCAGGCCACAAACUACUGGAAGUUCCUCUUUGUGAAGCACAAUGAGGAGUAUGCAAAGUUGCACAAUGUCUUGCCAGCUUCUUUGCCAGGAGACUGGAGUUCCAUCACUCAUGAAGAAGCUUUGAAAAGAUUGAUGGAGAUGUUUCGGAAAGACAUUUAGGGAAGCACAAGUUACGUGCCAUGCUGAUCAUAGGAAAGGAAUCAUGGUCUUGUUUGGCUCUGAUAUAUGAGAUUAUCAUAGGUACACUUCAACUGUGAGAGACGGAAUCUAAAACAAAAAUCCAGAAAAUCACAUCAAAUGAUUUUUAAGUAAUUAAUUUGCAUUUUAUUGCAUGACAAAAGUAUUUGAUGCAUCAGAAAAGCAGAACUUAAUAUUUGGUACAGAAACCUUUGUUUGCAAUUACAGAGAUCAUAUGUUUCCUGUAGUUCUUGACCAGGUUUGCACACACUGCAGCAGGGAUUUUGGCCCACUCCUCCAUACAGACCUUCUUCAGAUCCUUCAGAAUUCGGGGCUGUCGCUGGGCAAUACGGACUUUCAGCUCCCUUCAAAUAUUUUCUAUUGGGUUCAGGUCUGGAGACUGGCUAGGACACUCCAGGACCUUGAGAUGCUUCUUACGGAGCCACUCCUUAGUUGCCCUGGCUGUGUGUUUCGGGUCGUUGUCAUGCUGGAAGACCCAGCCACGACCCAUCUUCAAUGCUCUUACUGAGGGAAGGAGGUUGUUGGCCAAGAUCUCGCGAUACAUGGCCCCAUCCAUCCCUGCCUCAAUACGGUGCAGUCAUCCUGUCCCCUUUGCAGAAAAUCAUCCCCAAAGAAUGAUGUUUCCACCUCCAUGCUUCACUGUUGGGAUGGUGUUCUUGGGGUUGUACUCAUCCUUCUUCUUUCUCCAAACACGGCGAGUGGAGUUUAGUCUCCACUCGCCAUUUUUGUCUCAUUAGACCACAUGACCUUCUCCCAUUCCUCCUCUGGAUCAUCCAGAUGGUCAUUGGCAAACUUCAGACGGGCCUGGAUAUGCGCUGGCUUGAGCAGGGGGACCUGGCGUGCGCUGCAGGAUUUUAACUAAUGGUUUUCUUUGAGACUGGUCCAUUUCUGCCCAUUUGAGACUGUGGAGACUGUGGUCCCAGCUCUCUUCAGGUCAUUGACCAGGUCCUGCCAUGUAGUUCUGGGCUGAUCCUUCACCUUCCUAAUGAUCAUUGAUGCCCCACAUGGUGAGAUCUUGCAAGGAGCCACAGACCGAGGGUGAUUGACCGUCAUCUCAAACUUCUUCCAUUUUCUAACAAUUGUGCCAACAGUUGUUGCCUUCUCACCAAGCUGCUUGCCUAUUGUCCUGUAGCCCAUCCCAGCCUUGUGCAGGGCUACAAUUGUAUCCCUGAUGUCCUUACACAGCUCUCUGGUCUUGGCCAUUGUGGCGAGGUUGGAGUCUGUUUGAUUGUGUGGACAGGUGUCUUUCAUACAGGUAACGAGUUCAAACAGGUAAUGAGUGAAGAACAGGGGGGGGGCUUCUUAAAUGAAAACUAACAGGUCUGUGAGAGCCGGAAUUCUUACUGGUUGGUAGGUGAUCAAAUACUUAUGUCAUGCAAUAAAAUGCAAAUUAAUUACUUAAAAAUCAUACAAUGUGAUAUUCCUGAUUUUUGUUUUGGAUUCCGUCUCUCACAGUUGAAGUUUACCUAUGAUAAAAAUGACAGACCUCUACAUGCUUUGUAAGUAGGAAAACCUGCAAUAUCGGCAGUGUUUCAAAUACUUGUUCUCCCCACUGUAUGUAUAUGUUUAUAAUUUAGCUACGGCAUAAACAGUUUGAAAGAAGAUUCAUUUAAGUUUCCGUCCACAAUCAUGAAACAAUACGAGACCCUGAUGUUAACAGUGCAACCAACUCCCCUCUUGAGUAGAAGAGGUGCUUUAGGGAAGGAAAAUGUACAUUACUUCCGCUCACAUCUUCAGGCUUUGAGGCCUGUUGUAAAUCAUGAUACAAUCUUGACGAAGAGCAUUCAUGUACAGAAUUCCAGCACUGUAACUCCAAAGCAUAGACAUAGAUAGGUAUGUCAUGAAUGACUGGAAAUGGUGAAUGUCUUUGCUGCAUACCAAACUAUUGCCAGUGGUGUAGUAGUGCCUGGAGAAGUGGGUAACUCUAAUUUUGCCAAACAUUUUCCAAAUGGCUCGGAAAUGUGCCUUGUGUGAAAAAGUGUGUUUCCUAUAGCUUUUUUAAAAAUAUAUUUCCCUAUAGUUUCAGGUUUUUCAGUUUAAAAUAUUUUUUAUUAAACGACAAAUUCCACAAAGUAGUGGAAAAUUAGAGAGUGAACAAAUGUGAAUGAUGAUGAAGGCCAGUGAUGAAGCUGCGACUUGCUGACGCCGGCCUGGCGUGUGAAUUCAAUGCGUCUGGAUGGAUGGCUGUAUAUUUGCAUCUCCAAGGCAACCUCCAGGAUGAGACAUUCUCAUGGAAAUCCUGGGGUCACUGUCGCCAGGAGAGGUGUGAUGACUGAUAAACUUCAAUGGACUAAAUUCAUGUUACUGUGUGAAUUACAUUUGAGUUUGGUUUGUUUCAAGAGCUGAUAAAGAGCUGCACAUUUUGACAUGUCUUAUUGCAUUGUGUUUUCUGGUUGAUGUAUUUUAAAGUGACUGGAUUGAAGUUGUACUAGUUAUCAGGUACAUACAUCCCUGUUGGGUCAAAAUUCAAACUGAGUUGAUUAGAAUAGAAUCUGUGUGAUCUGUUCCUGUCUUUAAUAUUUACUAGCAACAUGCUAAGACAUUUUAUUUCAGGUUGUGGGUGCAUUCCCACUUGAAUUUGUAUAAAAGGGAAGUGAAUUCACUCAUAAUUUGAGGUAAUUGCUACCAAGCUCCUGUGUAUCAGACACACAGUUUUUCUCUUAGAGAUUAUUCUGAACUGAAGACAGUGUAACCAUGUUAAGUCUCAGCCUAUUGGUGAUAGUCAUUUAAGCUGUGUUAGUCUGUAAUGUAACAUGUAUUUCAAGUACAUUCAUUGCUGGUGUCAACCAUUUUGUGACUAAUACAUAAUUUUAGUUGAAUUGAAUAAAUGCAUUCCUCGUUUUAGAGUAA